CUAUAAAAUGGUCUAAGCUCUGCCAUAAUGUUUAGUUUUUAGAGGUUAUGUUCGAGAUUAUAUUUACCCUCCUGUGAUCUAUGAAUGAAUAAUCAUUUUCACGGCAUAUUUUAUAAAUACAAUUGGCACAAAUUUUUGUGUUCUCUCUACAUGAAGCGUUAUUGAUUAUUCGACUUUGUAAAAAUGGAUAAUAAUGAUAGUUUAGCGAGUGAGAAAGGUAUUUCUGUAAAAUUGCAAGAUAACAGCGGUGUUGUUCAUAGUGUGGUCGACCUUAAACUAGCUGGCAGGGAAGCUCUCGAUGACUUGUCAUCUUUGAUCGGUCAAAUGAAAAAAGCAAAAGAGGAAAUCAACGAUUUUCUUACAACUUUGGUAAAUGCUGAUGCUGCAAAAAAUUCAAAUAAAGAUAUGGUUGAAAAGCACAGAACUGAUCCGCAAGUACUUAUCUCUGUUGCGCUACGACACAGGCAGCUCUCUUCCCUUCAUUUUGGGCCUGAUCACCACAUGUCUCGUACUCGCCAACCUUGCAAUGGUUUUCCUCAAACAAACCAACAACCUCGAAAAAUGUUUCCUAGCCCUGAAAGACAUCCUAACAGUCAUCGCCUUAUUCUCUUGCACUAUUAAACGAGUCCUGAAUCCAGAGGAGAGCAUUCGCUUGACAAAACUCAUUGAAGAGCAGUUUUUCGUAGACCGUCAACAACUUGACGAGGGGGGAUCUAAAUGGGGGAGAAUUAGACCCCUGUACGACGAGAAACGAAAAGAUUUGGAAUCAGCCAGUGACACUAUAACUGUAUUCAUACAUGUGGCGUAUAUGGGGUUUGUUGUGAGGUAUAUAUUUUCGGAACUACUUGGUACAACCCUAGAGGACAAAUCUAGAGGGUUUCCCACCCCUCUCGUCACCUAUAACCCUUCAGAUUUUGAUCAGAUCUCUUUUUUCCUCUACAUUUUUGCUCUGCAAAGUUUUCUGAUGUUAUUCUUAGCCUUGGAAGCAUUCAGCGGCUAUGCUUUGCUAUGGUUGUGUGUUAAGAAGAUUAUGACGGAUUUUGAGACCAUUUAUAUACUGCUGAACGAGAUUGAGAAGGAUUAUCCUGGGUUUACUAUUGAUGAUUAUCUAAAGAGGAUGAGAUUGAGAGAGAAAGAACUUUCUGAUGGCCAUGUUGAAAGCAUGGAGGAAGAUAUGAGGAUUGAGUCUUGUCGCAAAUUUUUUUGGCGGGAUGGAGUUGAUAGAGAAGAAAACCUUCGUAAAGAUAUGGGACUUAUUGUGAAAUUCCAUCAGAAUCUGAAUAGAAAUCAGGACGAUUGUGCAAGAGUCUCAGGCUACAGCAUAUUGGUUAUCAGCUUCCUUGUUGCUCUUGAUACUUGUUUCAAUAUCUUCUUGAUGUUACAGGCAAAUAACCCGAAGAUGUUUAUGAACUAUGCUGCGGCUUGUAUCUGCACCAAUAUUCCUCUGCUACUCAAUUAUUACAUUGGUCAGCAAAUCUCAAAUCAGAAUGAAAUAUUCCGCCAGUGUUUGGCCGAGGUGCCCUGGAUAGACAAACCCGAUUGGUUCAAACGGAGCAUGAUCAUAAUGAUGACCAGAGCCAAUGUCGACACUCAGUUCAAACCUUACGGCGUUUUCGUGCUGAAUCUCACCUCCUACAAAGAUUUGAUGAAAGCAGCAUUCUCGUUCGGAAAUGUACUCUACAGACGAAAACAGAUAAUUAACUAAUAGGAUGACACAAAGCAAAGUCAAAUUGCAUUUCUUGGAUAAUUUAUUUACAAAAUUUCUAAUCACUCUUUACUCUCGAUUAAUUUCAUUAUUAUGAUUGUAAUCGUUAUAGCAACUAUUAUUAAAAAAUGCAUGAACCAAGUUUAAUCAAACAUAUUCUAGUUCAGUCUCACCUACCGUUAGUAUCUAAAAUGACUGCUCGACUAAAUAUUAAUACAGUAGUAAAUGGGGUGAAGAAUUUGUAACUGCAGUAAUAGAAAACUUGAUACCUGAACAUUAAUGAAAUUCAGUAAUAGUCAA